AUCUUGUGUACUGUUGUCAUCACUGCUUGUGAGUCUGUUGUUUUUGUUAAUGUUUCCUCUGAAAGAGUCUGUCCGUUUUCUGUGUAUUGCAGAUCAGGGAACACAAGACUAACAAGUCAUUUGGGGGGGCCCAAAUGUUCUUGGAGACUGACGAGUUUCUCUGGCUGGAGAGGUGGCUGCAGCUGCGGGCGGCCAGCAAGCCACCGAACCAGCUGGUUUUUCUUCACGGCUUGGAAGGGCCCAUGCUAAAACUUCUUGCACCACCUGCAGGUAGCAUGGGCGGAGAUGGGCCUUAAAAGGUCCCCCAACUUCACUGACCUGAGGACCGCUGUGUCUGCUCAUGUCAAGAACAACCUUCUGUCGAGCAGCGGAAGAUGGUGGCCACCUGUAUGUGCCACAACAUGGCCACAGCUGACUGCUUCUACGCCCUCAGCCUGAACGUGGCCCAGUCAAAGAGGAUGAGGACGCAUUUCCACCAGGCCCUCACCCACACCGUGCCAUCACCGGAGUCACCAGAAGCCUCCUCCUCCUCCACCACCAGGAAGAGGUCCCGCAAGCCUGAGUCCUCCUCCAGUUCCGAGGACAAAACCCCGGUCCCCUACCAGGAGUCAGGGACCUCGGGACUGGAGGAGGAACUCCAGGACAUGGAGGAGGAGAGGGAGUUUAUGGCGAGGCUGCAAAAUACACCAGAGAAGGCCCGAGAAGUCUCGUGAACACGCCAGUGUGCGUCAACCUAACUUGUGUGGAGGGAAACGUCUUCAGGCACACGGGAAUCACCGACAUUUCAGGACCAUUUAUGACGGGUUGGGAUGUUGCCAUCCUUGUGUAACCCAGACUAAAAGGUACACAGGCACGGAUUCACGAGGGAGUGGAGGGGGGCAUUUUAUAGCAUUUUGAUAAGAUGCAUAGUGAUAUUAAUCAAAUACAGUAAUGCACAAACA